UCUUCGGUUUUUAGAGAAUAAUGACCUCUGAAAUUGUGACGGGAAGAUAAAAAUCCCUCAGUGUUUAAAAAAUACUGUGAAAGGAAACUUCACUCUGAUCUGGAACAUAUAUAAAUUGAAAAUAGUCCAUAUUCUUUGUACGUGAUACUGACACAAACGCGACUCACAAGGAAGAAGCAUGAUAUCCAAAACUUGUCAAAUAUGGGCGACUACGCUGCUUUUAAUAACUUUGCUGAGUUUUGAGUUUGCCAAUGAUGUUUGCAACGAGAAGAAAGACCCGUGUACAAUGGAAUGUAAUGAUGAAGGCACUGGCUGCGUGCAGAAUUGCAACGGUGGUAAUUAUACUUGUAGACUGAACUGUAACGUAGAUGAUUGUAAUCAACAAUGCGACUCUCAAAUAUGUAUGCUAAAUUGCAACAAGGGAGAAUGUAUACAGCAUUGCAAAAGAGGAGUGCGAGUAUGCCAAAUGGAAUGCGCUGGGUCUUUCUGUAGUCAAACGUGCAAUGCUCAAACAUGUCAUUUAAAAUGCAGUGGGGAAGAAUGUAAGCAGCAUUGCACCGGUGGAGAAGAAGGAUGUAUCAUACAAUGCAUGGGGAGCUCUUGUACACAAAUUUGCGACGCGCCUACAUGUGAGAUGACGAGAAGUGGGUCACACAAUUAUUUUACUCAGCAAAUAUGCAAUUCUAGGAAUGGUCGAUGUUGCCAACGUAUCUUGAAUGAACGUAUGAGACUCUUUAAAGCAGUCUGUCGGGGAAGAGAACAAUGCACGUGCCCCAAAUGUCAAAGAUUAAAUCGCGACUGCAUGACUUUGCACAAAUUGGAUGUUAUUACGGCUGUCUCGGUUUCGGCGGUUCGAGCUAUCUCGACCCAUAUUUCAACAGUACAAGCCUCUUUGCAAUCGUCGGCGCCUUUAUCCCCGUUGCUACUCUCAACACCCAUACCAUCAUCAUCAUCAUCAUCAUCUUCACCAUUCUCCUUGCAGCCGUUAUUAUUAUCGUUACCGUCUUUGUCAUCGUUAUCAUCGUCAUCGUUAUUAUUUACAUCACCCUUACCACCAUCUUCGUCAUCAUCGUCAUCAGUUUGGAAAUCUACAUCAUCGCCUUUGGAAACAAUUAAAAGUCUGGAAAAUGAAUUUACUUCCAAGCGUAAUGGAAUUAACGUGAGCAGAAACAGCUCCUUGCAGGAGGUUAUGGGUUUGUUUGAAGACUUUACCGAUCAAUAUCAGAACAUCAUAAAGUCCCACGGUGGUCAACUUGGUAUAGAAGAGCUAAAAAUGGGAAAAGAAUCCGUAUUUAAGGUGGCGGUUGCCUUCGAGAAAUUUGCUCUUGAUUAUAGUAAGUACCACCUCAAUACUGCAGAACCUUCGAAAAAGAUUACACGCCAGAAAAUGGUUUUGGGCAUUCAGAAAGGUUACCAUCAGAAUGCGACCGACUUCUUCCUUGACGGAAAGGAAUGGCAAGCUAGCAUCAAUAUUUCCUCUGAAAAUUUUGCAGAGAAUGGAUCGGUGGCAAUAGGGUGCCUAUACAAGGAUCUUCAUGAAUUACUACUAAACAAUCGGCACGUCGGGGAUAAAACUGAAACUUCAAGGUAUGUGAACACAAGAAUUAUUACUGCAGCUGUGGAUCCCAAACAUGAAAAAUUACGACAGGAUGUCAUCUUGAAGUUCAGAAACCUGAAGGUCGAUGAAGGAGAGAAGCAAUGCAUGUUUUGGAGUGGCCUUGGCAAGAGUCUCGACGGGUUCUCAGGUGAUGGUUGUUAUGUAGAUCCUUCAAAGAGCAACUCAAAAGACACAGUUUGCAGAUGCAAUCAUCUUACUCAUUUUGCUGUCUUAGUUGACAUCAGAGAUGACCCAGAGCUCUCCACGAGGGACGUAAAUGUUCUGGAGAUCAUCACAUACAUAGGAUUGAGCCUUUCCAUCACUGGAUUUCUUUUGACGAUAACUCUUUAUUUUUUUCUCACAGAUGUUCGACAACCUCUACCUCAAAUACGACUUGGUCUUUCUGUGUCCCUCGGAGCUGGACAAACCAUCUUUCUUGCUGGAAUAAAUGCCACAGAAAAUAAGGCUCUGUGUAUCACAUCAGCAGUUCUUAUGCAGUAUUUCCUGAUGGCAGCUUUCGGUUGGAUGCUGGUCGAGGGAAAUUAUCUCUACCUGUUUGUUGUGAAAGUUUACAACAUCAACACCAAAAUGUACCUUUAUCACGUCAUGUCAUGGGGUUUCCCCGUCGUUAUGGUGGCCAUUUCAUUGGGCAUCGCUGCUGAAAAAGAUGGGAUAAAGAGCUAUAUUAGUGAUGAACAUUGUUGGAUGUCCUCAGCUAACAAUUUGAUUUGGAUAUUUAUUUCAUUUGUGGUUGUCAUUGAAGUUAUCAACAUUUUGAUACUCGCUCGGGUCAUAAGGGAGAUGACUACAAUGCAGCCAAGAGGAGAAAAGCAAAUGCAGCAAAUACGACUUGGCAUUAGAGCAUGCGUGGUGAUGAUUCCUCUACUGGGUAUCACGUGGCUAUUUGGUCUUCUUUCGCCUGUACACAAAGCUUUUUCCUACAUUUUCACCAUACUCAACUCCACUCAGGGCUUCCUGAUUUUCAUUCUUCAUUGUGCUCGAAAUAGCCAGAUUAGAGAGAAAUUCAAUAGAAAGGUGAAUACCGUUUUUCCAUCUGUUAGCAAUGGAAACUCCACAAAGAAGAGUUCACAGGAUAAUCCAAGUGAUGUUAAUGAGGUGCGGGUGGUUAAAUUGCAGUCUUGCAAUGAAUUUGAUCAGAAAAAAAAACAACCAGCUCAAGUAAUUAGAUAUUAAUGACCACGUGAGUUAAUUGUUGUGUGUAAUAAUUUAGGCUGAGUCUUUGUUGAUCAUCCAGCUUCGAUUUAUCGCUUAAUCUAGGAACUUCUGAUCGUCUCGUUGAUUGAA